CUAAGCGAUGAUUUAUUUGCUUUUGUUUCUUCCGUCCGCCUAUUAUGUAGUUAAAACGUUCAAAUCACAGCAUGUGGGACUUAACAAAAGAAAAAAAAAGUUACUUAUCAGAAAAUGUGGUUGUUUUCAAACCUCGCAUCUAUUCACCUUGGGUAUAGCUUGUCAAAUUUGGUCAGAACGAGACCAGCGCCUCUUCUCGGAACGCUUUCACUGUGUCAGUCAACAACAACAAAAAAAAGAAAAAAAAACACCACCACUCAACUCAUCAACAACAUCAUCAACAUCCACAACAGCACCGCUACGAAUCGAGUUGAAUCUCAUUAGUAAUAUGUUAAUUUUAUAGACGAUUUGAAAUCCGGCUGCAGACGGCAGUAUGUGGCCAUGAACGAAAAGACAGGCAGCAAGAAACGAAUCUCCAAAAUGACGAGUAAAUCAUUCCUGUGGGGUGUAAUGGCCGCCUCACUGACGUGGUCCAUCAGCUUGUACCUGUACUGGAAUCUGAGCAGCACGGCGGCGAACGAUGGCGGCGGUGCGGUGCGAUCGGCCAAAACACCAACCGGGCCAAUACCGUUAGGAAGCAGCGAUUCCAGGACACAUCUGCUGGGAAAGCACCAGAACAGUCUUUUCGGUGCUUCGGACGAAAAGCUGCAACAAAAAGUAUCCGGACGGCUGCUGGACAAGAGCAAAAGCUUGUUCAAGGAGAAGUACGCACGGUUUUUGCAUGAGAAGGAAAAGCGACGCAUCAGCCACCGGUUGAUCGAUCAGCUGCAGCCGAUGCUGCCGAACGGGACGGACGAAUUUGGGAUGGUGCAAAACUCGGAGGAACAGUUUAUCCGCGACAUCGGGUACAGGAAGCACGCGUUCAACGUGCUCGUCAGUAACAAGCUGGGAUCGUACCGACCGGUACCGGACACACGCCACAAGCUGUGCCAAGCGCAAGUUUACGAUAAGGUGCUUCCGGCCGCCUCGAUAGUGAUGUGUUUCUACAACGAACAUCUCGAAACGUUGGUACGCUCCGUGCACUCGGUGCUCAAACGGACCCCGUCGUACUUGCUGCAGGAGCUAAUUCUUGUCGACGAUUGUAGCGACUUUGAGGACGUUGCCGUCGGUGGACGGUUGGACGAUGAGUUGAAGCAGUUGGGUGGCACAGGAAAGGUACGUCUCUUGCGGAACACCGAGCGGGAGGGAUUGAUGCGGUCCCGGGUGUACGGUGCACGCAACGCUACCGGCGCGGUGCUAAUCUUCCUCGACAGCCAUAUCGAGGUGAACGUGGAUUGGAUCGAACCGCUACUGGCACGGAUCAAGCACGACCGUACGAUUCUGGCCAUGCCCGUGAUCGAUAUCAUAAACUCGGACACGUUUGUGUACACUGCCAGCCCGCUCGUACGGGGCGGGUUCAACUGGGGACUGCACUUCAAGUGGGACAACCUGCCGAAGGGCAGCCUCGAGCGGGACACGGAUUUCGUCGGUCCGUUCAGCUCUCCGACAAUGGCCGGCGGUCUGUUUGCCAUCGAUCGGACCUACUUCCACGAGCUGGGCGAAUACGACAUGGGCAUGGACGUGUGGGGCGGCGAGAAUUUGGAAAUUUCUUUCCGCACCUGGCAGUGUGGCGGUUCGAUUGAGCUGCUGCCCUGUUCCCGCAUCGGUCACGUGUUUCGUAAGCGACGCCCGUACGGUUCGCCCGACGGUCAGGACACAAUGAUUCGUAACUCUCUUCGGCUGGCACAUGUCUGGAUGGAUGAUUACAUACGAUUCUUCUACGAGCAGCAACCGCAGGCCCGUACCGUACCGUACGGGAACGUUAGCGAUCGACAGCGGCUACGCGAACGGCUGGGCUGCAAGCCGUUUCGCUGGUAUUUGGACAACAUCUACCCGCAGCUGCGCGUGCCGGGGGAGAAAACGAACGAUGAGACUAACAACGGUGAUGCUACGCAACCCAAAUUCGAACCAUGGCAUUCGCGCAAACGCAACUAUGUGGCCAGCUUCCAGAUACGCCUGUCCAACAGCACGCUCUGCCUGUCGACGGAGCUCGACAGCGAGAAAAGUGUCUGGAAGAAGGGUUCCAGGCUGGCGCUGCAGCCGUGCUUGCGCGUAAAGCAGCAGAUGUGGUACGAGACGGAAAAGUCCGAGCUCGUACUGGGCCAGUUGCUGUGCCUGGAUGCACCGUCCAGCGCCACCAAAGGGCAACCGAAGCUGAACAAAUGUCACGAAAUGGGUGGCGAUCAGGCUUGGAAACACCGGAAAACGUCCGGCACACCGAUCUACAAUAUUGCCUCGGGCAGCUGUUUAACUGUGAAAGAUGUACGCAAGGGAUCUCCGGUGGGACUGGACCUUUGCGUCAGUUCCCCGCGCAGCACUUGGGAUCUGAUAAUCUCGUGAGAACCUACAGAACUGAUAAUUACUGCAACUUUUUGUAUUCUACACACACACACACACACAAGUGUGUACCCUUUUUUUGUCUGUUUGUUUGUUUUGUCUUUAAGCCUUUGAAAUUUACCAGAAAAAAAAACAUUACAUUGUAGAUAGGUAAUUAAAUGAAUAAAUCCUACCAUUUACACAAGACUGCUGGCGAUGGUGGCUGGCUCUGCGGUUAGAUAAGAA